GCACAUACUUUCUUUUUCACUACGUACUUCGCUGUAAAUAUCGUGCAGAUUCAUAUACAUAGCUUGCAUAUACAUAGCUUGGCUUUGCACUGUAAAGAAAAAAAGGAAACAAAAUGACCGACUCCUACACCAGCUCCUCCUACUACUACAGCUCCUCCACCAACACCACCAACGGCAACACCACCACCGGCCACCGGUACACCACCACCUCGCACACCGACCCGGACGGGACGACGGUGGUCCGCACCGCGCAUCAAGACCUCGGCCAGCCGGCCGUCGUGGAGGAGCGCCGCUACGACCGCACCGGGCAGGAGCAGCAGAUGCUAGCGUCCGGGUCGGAGACGCUGCCCGGCGGAUAUGGGAUUCCGACAGGAUCCGAAAAUGAGCGCGAUGAGAGGGGCCGCGGCGAUGAGUGGUGGAGUUCGUCGGUGGGGAGAUCGUCGUACGAUAUCGGGACCCCCUUACCUGGUGCUAGGACUUACAAUGCGUACACAGGGGCGUAUGAGGAGCAGCGUGCCGAUUACGAUGCCGAUGGGGUGCCGCGAUACCGGGACCGUGGCCGGGGACGUGGGCAGAGUGGGUAUUCGGCUGAGCAGAGGGCGAGUCGGGAGUUUGAGACGGAUCAGGGGACGAGGUUGAAGAGGGAGACGGAUGUGAAUAUGGCGGAUUUGUUGUAG